AUGGCAUGGGUGAAAUUCUUAAGAAAACCUGGGGGUAACCUUGGAAAAGUUUAUCAGCCUGGAAGUAUACUGUCCCUGGCCCCUACAAAAGGCUUAUUGAAUGAACCGGGACAAAACAGCUGCUUUCUUAAUAGUGCUGUUCAGGUAUUGUGGCAACUUGACAUAUUUCGACGAAGUUUAAGAGGUUUAACUGGACAUGUAUGUCAGGGAGAUGCAUGCAUAUUUUGUGCUUUAAAGGCAAUAUUUUCACAAUUUCAACACAGUCGAGAAAAAGCACUCCCAUCAGAUAAUAUGAGACAUGCCCUGGCAGAAAGUUUUAAGGAUGAACAGCGUUUCCAGCUUGGAUUCAUGGAUGAUGCAGCAGAAUGUUUUGAAAAUAUCCUUGAGAGGAUUCACUUUCACCUGGUGCCAAACAGUGAAACAGAUAUGUGCACUUCAAAAUCCUGUAUUUCUCAUCAGAAGUUUGCUAUGACACUGUAUGAACAGUGUGUAUGUCGCAGUUGUGGAGCAUCUUCAGACCCGUUGCCUUUUACAGAAUUUGUGCGUUAUAUUUCUACCACAGCCUUGUGUAACGAAGUAGAAAGAAUGAUGGAGAGACAUGAACGUCUCAAGCCAGAAAUGUUUGCGGAAUUGCUGCAGGCAGCAAAUACUGCUGAUGACUACAGAAAGUGUCCUAGUAACUGUGGUCAAAAAAUAAAAAUUCGUCGUGUUCUCAUGAAUUGUCCUGAGAUUGUGACAAUCGGUUUAGUCUGGGAUUCGGAACACUCUGAUCUGACAGAAGAAGUUAUGCGGAAUCUGGCCACACAACUUUAUCUUCCUGGGCUGUUUUAUAGGGUUACAGAUGAAAAUGCCAAAAACAGUGAACUUUUUCUUGUGGGAAUGAUUUGCUACACAAGCCGACAUUAUUGUGCCUUUGCCUUUCACACCAAGAGUUGCAAAUGGGUGCUGUUUGAUGAUGCUAACGUAAAAGAGAUUGGAACAAAAUGGAAAGAUGUGGUCUCCAAGUGCAUUCGAUGUCACUUUCAGCCGUUGCUGCUAUUUUAUGCUAAUCCAGAUGGCACAGCUGUAUCUCCAGAAGAUGCUCCUAAACAGAUUAUUCACUGGUCUCAAUGCAAAGUAGCAGGAGGAAGUGGGGAAGACUUGGGAUUUGAAAAGCCUUCCGCUCCUAAAUCAGACCACAUGAAAGAGAAUGGAAUUGGAGACCCCAUUAAUCAAAGGAGUAAUAAAAAACUUCAGCCAGAUAAUUCAGCAUUCAGUAGAAGCCAUAUUCAAGCUAGUGGUGGUAGAGGACCAGCUAAGUUAGGUUACAGCGAUCAAAAGGACAGACUAAAGGACAUAUCCAGAGAGUGUGCUCAGAGAGCUGCUGAUAUGAAAAACUUCUCAUCUUUACGAAAAGAUGCAGACAGAGGACCAAGAAAAGAGUCUGGGAGACAAAGAGACUUGAUUGGGGAAGAUCGUUCCAAUGUGAAGUUGGGGUCUCCUGCAGUUGGAAAUGCACUUAGACCCUGUGCUGAUCAGCGCAUAUACAGCAGCCAGGGAAAAGGCUCCUAUAAGCAUGAUAAUGCACCUCACCAAGCAAAGCUUUCUGUACAGGUGCUUGGAUCAAAUAAAACAGAAGCUUUUCCUGCUGGGGAGAAACCAGUGAUCAGGACCCGGACAGACGGUGUCACUGGCUAUGAUACAGACACCAGUCAAGACUCUAGGGACAAAGGAAGUAUCAUUAGCAGCAGAAGCAGAAGUAAAGGUUGGAAACCUAUGCGAGAGACACUAAACGUAGACAGCAUUUUCAGUGAGGCUGAGAAAAAGCAGCAUAGCCCAAAGCACAAGGCAAAUCUGAACAGUAAAUCUGUAAAGCAUGAAAAGGAGCGAAGCUUUAACCAUUGGCCAAAAGAGAACCAAAACCCGAAAGGUUUAAUGACUAUAUAUGAAGAUGAAACCAAACAGGAUACAGGAAGUCGAAGUUCACUGGAUUCAGAGGGAAAAGGGAAUGCUGAAAAAAGCAAAGGAUUUGCAGAGAGAAAAAUCCAUAGUGAUAACUGGCAAAUUCAGAGGACAGAAUCUGGAUAUGAAAGUAGUGAUCAUAUCAGCAAUGGAUCUGCAAAUCUGGACUCUCCUGUUAUUGAAGGAAUCAAUGUAGCAGAUGUGAAGAAUGUUAAAGAAAGUGCUUCCUGCAGGACAAAAUUGGCAGGGUGUUUGUCAGCUCCCUAUCUGGAUUGUGAACAGAACUUGUCAACCAAAAAAGCUGACAAUAUGUUACAUUCAGUAUCCCAGCAGAACAGAAACUUUUAUGACUUCAGGAAAGACCAGAUCAAUUCAGAAGUUAACUGCAGACCUCAUGUUAAUUUCCCAACAGAAUUACAUUUGCAGGUGCCCAGUCCUCCAGUAAAGAGAGCUGAAAUGCCUGAGAGCAAUAGGAAGCUUUUCCCAUCAUCAGCUCUACAGCCAGUUCUUAAAGACAUUAAGUCAGAAAGUAGGAACAAGGCAAACGAACAGAAUUCUUCAGAGUGGCUUAUUCCAGACAAGUUUGAGAAGAUGAAUGUGUCAGUGUAUUGUGGUGAUGGCAUGUCCCACCCCUAUACAGAAAACGUCUGUGGAAGGAAGCUGAUCAACAAUGAUUUUCACUCCUCUUCGCAGCCGCAGUCCCAUCAUGCCAGAACGUUUGGUCCCAAGGUGGGGUUGUCGCCUUGUGUGCCACAGAACCUGUCAGAACAGCCCGUGGUGCUUCCCCCUCCCGGUGAGCAUGCUGGGCACCCACCCCGAAGGGUGGAUGCUCUUUGGGUGCCUGAAGCAGUGUACCAGAAUCUUCCCCCCCCUUUACCGCCAAAGAAAUAUGCUCUGAAUCCUUUGCCAGGAUCAGAAAAUAACUUGGCAGCUGAUGUAAAAUCGACAGAAGUGUUGCAAAAUAAUUCGUUAAGGCAAACAGGUACACCUUUAAAAUCUGCAUCAGAAACAAGCGUAUUUGCAAACGAGCAAAGGAUUAGAGAGCCGUUUCAAGGGAAUGAACUGUUUGUUCAUAAACCGGAUUCUCCGCCUCGCUUAUCGGUUAAUGACUUUUGGACUGUGUCUGAAAACUUUUUAAAGAAAGGAUCUCGUCAUACAGGACCAAGUGCUGGCUGUGUGGAUGGAAAUAAUAGCGUAUCCCUAACGACUUAUUUUUCAGUAGAUAGUUGUAUGACUGACACAUACAGGAUGAAAUAUCAUCAGAGACCCAAGCUGUAUUUUACAGAUAGUGGAAGCUUUCACAAAGAAAAGCAUCCUCCGUCAGCUGGAGUAGAACUGAAUGCCACAUACCAUGCUACUCUUGAGCCCAGGCAUGUCACAUCUGAGCAAAGGUACAAGGCAAAUGUAGAAGGCAUACACUGCAGUAGAUAG